CGGCGAAGCUCCAACUGUCUUCUUACCACCAUCUUCUCUUCCAGUUCCCUCCUUAUCCUUUCUCGCACCUCGCUAUCGCUCCUUGCGACCACCGCGCAACAUGGCCCCCGCUCUCAACCUCGCAUUUUCCGACGAUCUCAUCUCCACGGACGUGCGUAAAGCGCUCCCCGCCGGUCUCCAAAUCCGCCCUCUCGAAGAGAACGACUACGCGCGUGGUCACCUCGAUGUCCUACGCGUCCUGACCGCCGCCCCUGACGUCGGCGCCGCCGCCUGGCGGGAACAAUUCCGCGCGAUGCAAGCCGCGCCGGAGACAUACUUCCCCAUCGUCAUCGUCGACACCGCCUCGGACCGCAUUGUCGGCGUCGGCUGCGUGUUCCUCGAGCGCAAGUUCCUGCGCGGGCUCGGGCGCGUGGGGCACAUCGAGGACAUCGCGGUGGACAAGUCUCAGCAGGGGAAGAAGCUCGGGCUGCGCAUCAUCCAGGCGCUCACGUACAUCAGCGAGAACGCGGGGUGCUACAAGACGAUCCUGAACUGCUCGGACGCGAACAUUCCGUUCUAUCAGAAGUGCGGGUUCGAGAAGAAGGAGAAUGAGAUGGCGAAGUACGCUCCGGAGCGUCAUGCAGAGGCCCCUCGUUUGUGAACGACGGAUAGACACUUUCCAGCGAAGUUCAGAUCACAGGGUACCCUCGCUCGCAUCCCAACGAUGGCGUCUUUCAUUCUACACAUUGCGCUCAAGGCUACCGUAGCUCGAGAGCACGCCGUGAGUGAUCGGGAGAGUGCGAGGUGCUGCACGACUUCGAACUUUGCCACGACGGACAUCAUACAAUGUAGCGUACCAAUGGACUCAAGGACAUUAAUCUAUACCACACAGAGUGCGGCUGUCAUGUACUGCUAUGGCGCGGUCUAAUGCAACCUGUCUUUACGCCUUUA